CCGGUAUGUGUCAUUUAUUUAAGAUUAAAAUUUCCAACGUAAUGUGCUUUGAUGUAAAACUCAAUGUUUUUUUUGUUUUAUAUUCUUGCCUUUCGGGAAUUAUGACGAGCCAUUCUUUAAUACGGGACUAUGUAGAAGAGACAAGUUUAUCUUUAAGAGAUAUACUACCGUUAAGACCAAAGCACUACGAUAAAAACAGAGCACCAAAGUUUCAUGGACAACCCACAAUAGUUUAUUUUCACGUGACGGUAUUAUCACUUGAUUCGAUAAAUGAGGAAUCCAUGACAUAUGUAACAGAUAUAUUCUUGGCACAAAGUUGGCGAGAUUCCAGGUUACGGCUUCCGGAAAAUAUGAGCGAAGAAUAUCGAAUAUUGGAUGUAGAAUGGCUCCAUAGCAUAUGGCGACCAGAUUGCUUCUUUAAGAAUGCAAAAAGUGUCACUUUCCAUGAAAUGACUAUACCAAAUCACUACCUUUGGCUUUAUCACGAUAAAACCUUGCUUUAUAUGUCCAAAUUAACGCUAGUCCUAUCUUGCGCCAUGAAGUUCGAAUCGUAUCCUCAUGACACACAAAUUUGUACCAUGAUGAUAGAAAGUCUUUCUCAUACAGACCACGAUUUGGUAUUCAUAUGGAACAUGACGGAUCCACUUGUAGUGAAUCCAGAAAUAGAGCUACCCCAACUGGAUAUUUCAAACAAUUAUACCACAGAUUGUACCAUUGAAUAUUCUACAGGGAAUUUUACAUGUUUGGCUAUUGUAUUUAAUUUAAAGCGCAGAUUGGGAUAUCAUUUAUUUCAUACUUACAUACCUUCUGCGCUUAUUGUUGUGAUGUCUUGGAUUUCUUUCUGGAUAAAACCUGAAGCUAUACCAGCUAGAGUAACAUUGGGGGUUACAUCACUUCUUACUUUAGCAACACAAAAUACUCAAUCGCAACAAUCGUUACCCCCUGUAUCUUAUGUCAAAGCCAUUGACGUUUGGAUGUCUAGUUGUUCAGUUUUCGUCUUUAUGUCACUUAUGGAAUUUGCGGUCGUUAACAAUUACAUGGGACCUGUUGCAACUAAAGCUAUGAAAGGAUAUUCUGAUGAAGAUCUUCCAUCGGAUAUUAAUGACUACAGGGGUAUUGAGAGGCCACGGUUUAGCACAGCUAGUCAACCGCAGUACCCAACAUUCUGCAAUGGAAGAAGUAUCGCUUUAUGUAUCGAUCAAUUCUCCAGAUUUUUUUUCCCAUUUUCGUUCCUAAUUUUAAACAUCGCUUAUUGGUCGACUUUCCUAUAAUAGGAGAGUUUUGUUCUAAUAUAGGCACAA